AUGUCGUCUCGUCGAUUUCUGAUUGGCCGUGAAGUCUUGCUCGAUGGACGUACUGACAAAGGCACUGCUUUCUCCAUCGAAGAACGACAAGCAUUGCGUAUUCAUGGUCUUUUGCCGCCUUCAGUGGCCACUCCUGAACUACAAGUCGAACGAUUUAUGGAAAAUCUACGCAAUAUGCCCGAUGACUUGUCACGAUACAUUUCUUUACUUGCUCUACAAGAUCGCAAUGAGACAUUGUUCUAUCGUGUAGUUAUGCAACACACUCAAGAAACUAUGCCCUUGGUCUACACACCGACUGUCGGGUUGGCUUGUCAGAAGUAUGGCUUGAUUUUUGCAAAACCGAAAGGCCUGUUUAUUUCAAUUAAUGACAAAGGUCACGUUUAUGAUGUUUUGGUAAAUUGGCCUGAACAUGAUAUUCGAGCAAUUGUAGUUACCGAUGGCGAACGUAUAUUAGGUUUAGGUGAUUUGGGUUGCAAUGGUAUGGGUAUCCCUGUAGGUAAAUUAAGUUUGUAUACAGCAUUGGCUGGGGUGGCACCUGAAUACUGUUUACCAUUGACACUGGAUGUGGGAACAAAUAACGAAACACUCCUCAACGAUAAAUACUAUUUGGGCUUACGACAAAAACGUGUCACCGGCAAAGAAUAUGAUGAUUUUGUUGAUGAGUUCAUGCAAGCAGUUACUAAGCGAUUUGGACAUCAAUGCUUGAUUCAAUUCGAAGAUUUUGCGAAUCACAAUGCAUUUCGCCUUUUGGAAAAAUAUCGAGAUCAAUAUUGUACAUUCAAUGAUGAUAUUCAAGGUACAGCUAGUGUGGCUGUUGCUGGCAUUCUAAGUUCGAUUCGAAUUACCCAAUUAAAAUUGCAUGACAACAAAUUUCUCUUCUAUGGUGCUGGCGAGGCAUCUAUCGGCAUCGCAGACUUACUCGUGCUCGCCAUGGAACGGGAAGGGUUGAGUGUCGAUGAGGCUCGAAAGAAAAUAUUCUUGGUUGAUUCAAAAGGUCUUGUUGUUAAGAAUCGUCCAACAGGUGGAUUGAACGAAGAAAAGAAGCGCUAUGCACAUGAACGAGAACCGAUCACUAAACUAGCAGAUAUUGUUGAUGCUGUCAAGCCAACAUUUCUCAUCGGCGCUGCUGGCCAAGGACCUACGUUCACACGUGAAAUUCUCGAAAAGAUGGCGUCAUUGAAUAAACAUCCUGUUAUUUUUGCACUUUCGAAUCCCACAUCGAAAGCUGAAUGCACAGCACAAGAAGCCUAUGAAGCUACCAAUGGCCGAUGUGUAUUCGCCUCAGGUUCACCUUUUCCAAAUGUUGAAUAUCAAGGCAAAACCUAUGUACCUGGUCAGGGUAACAAUUCAUACAUAUUUCCUGGUGUUGGCUUGGCUGUUGUGACUUGCCGUAUUCGACAUAUACCCGAAGAACUAUUUUAUAUUGCUGCAAAAACUCUAUCAGAGCUAGUGACAAAAGAAGAUCUAGCUGUUGGCCUUGUCUAUCCAUCUAUUGAAAAGAUUCAUGAUGUGUCACGAUGUAUUGCUGUCAAGCUUGCCGAAUAUGCUUAUGCUCAUAACUUGGCCGCUCUCUAUCCCAAGCCCGACGACUUGGAUCAAUUCAUUAAGUCAAAUCAGUACACAGCCGAAUAUCAAGAUAUAUUGCCACCAAAAUGGAAUUGGCCAAAAACUGAUUAA